GUUUGUGACGUGUCCUGCCUAAAACUGGUCCACCCAGAAGAGCUGGAGCUUUUGAUAUGUGGCUGCCCUCAUAUUGACUUCACUUCUAUUGAGGAAUCGACCAGCUACGACAACGGUUUUAGUAAAACACACCCCAUAAUUCUCGCAUUCUGGGACAUUGUUCAUACCAUGAACGAAGACGACAAGAAACGCUUGCUUUCCUUUGUGACCGGAAACGACCGUGUCCCUCUAAAAGGUUUAUCCAACGUCGCGUUUCACAUCAUAAAACAGGGCGAGGAUUCAGAGAAACUGCCCACGGCCUUGACGUGUUUUAACCAGCUCAUGUUUCCUGAGUAUGGCUCCAAGGAGAAAUUACGCAGUCGACUUUUUCUCGCGAUUCAAAAUAGUAAAGGUUUUGGGUUGAGCUAG